AAAAGAGCAUCGGAUCUGACUUGAUCAACUCUGGGUUUUAAUUUGUAAACAGUUAUCGGUAUUAGAGAAUAAUACUAACACUAAUACUAAUACUAAUACGUAUACGUAUACGUAUUUUCAUACGAUAGCCGUAGAUGUCUUCGCAUUGGUGUUACAGGUGCAAUAAAUUUGUGAGGGUAUGGAGGCAGGACAUUGUGAUUUGUCCAGAUUGCGAUAGCGGUUUCGUCGAAGAGGUAGAUCCUAACACACGCACCGUUUACGCCGAUGGCAACCGCGGUCGACGGUUGCCGGCGGCAGCGAUGUACAUGAUAGGCCACCAUCAACGUCACCAGCGUCAUAAUUCCGUUGAAAAUAUCGCCGUCGCCACCACCACAAACGAUAAUAGCAAUAAUAAUGACAACAACAAUGUUAGCUUGUCGCGGCAAAAUCAACGGCGACACUGCCGGAACACCAAUGGCGGUGGCGGAGGAACAGGCGGUGACAGGUCGCCGAUCAAUCCGGUCAUCAUGCUCCGCGGCGGCGAGCAAUCCGAGGGAACCAGCAGACGCAGGGGGUUCGAGCUUUUCUAUGACGACGGCGCCGGUGCCGGUCUCCGCCCCUUGCCACCGAGCAUGUCGGAGUUUCUCCUUGGAACAGGCUUCGAUAGGGUUUUGGAGCAGUUCUCACAUUUCGAAAGGCACGAGCGACACCUUCACCACCACAACCAGCAGCCUCCUCCGGCGUCAAAAUCCGCCGUAGAAGGCUUGCCGGAGGUGGAGAUCACCGAGAACAACCUCGCCACAGAGCCACAUUGCGCAGUUUGCAAGGAAGCCUUCGAGAUCGGAACAAAAGCUAAAGAAAUGCCGUGCAAGCACAUAUACCACUCGGACUGCAUCUUGCCGUGGCUCGCCCUUCGAAACUCCUGCCCGGUUUGCCGCCACGAGUUGCCCACAGAACAAAACAAUAACGCUCACGUGCAGAACGCGGCCACCAACAACAGCGCACGUGCCGAUCAAGAAGAUAACAAUAACAAUGAUAACGGCAAUAAUAACAAUGUGGGGCUAACAAUAUGGCGGUUACCGGGUGGCGGUUUUGCGGUUGGGAGGUUAACCGGUGCAGGAAGAGGAGGAUCAGAGAGGGAAAAUCUUCUUCCUGCUGUGUACACAGAAAUGGAUGGAGGAGGGUUUGAUAUGGUGGUUCUAGAGCUUGGUGACGUUGAUCCAUGA